GAUCAGUAAUUGCCGGCGAAGACUUUCACGUGCGCCCGCGCCGGUGGCGGCUGCUGCGGCAGUGUUCCGCGAGGCGCGCACCCGAGCGCACGUCACACGGCAUGCCGCCAUGGCCGACAAACGCUCCUCCACGGAGACCGUCACCAUCGUCCCCAAGGACGCCUUCGACGCGCCCACGGCCACCGUCUCCAGCCUCAAGUCCGAGGACUCCACGGAACAGUUGAUAUGCAAGACGCCGCUGAAAAAUGUGAAAAAAUUAAGUGCCAAAAAACAGAGUGUCAGCUCGAAGAGUGUGGAAGCCGGGAGUGAUGCCGUGAAGGGCAAGGGGCGGCGGGUGGUGGUGUUCCUGGGGCUGGGGCAGGUGGUGCUGGGCGCGCUGCUGGUGGGCGCGGGCGCGGUGGCCGUGGUGAAGGGCGCCGCCCUGUCGCGCGUGGGCGCCGGCCUGUGGGCGGGCUGCGUGGCCGUCGUCACCGGCGUCAUCGGGGUGCUCGCCGGCAUCAACGACUGCUAUGGACUCCACGGAGAAAACAAUGGGGGCAGCCCGCUGCUGACGGCGUUCCUGGCGCUGUCGCUGCUGUGCCUGGCGUGCGGCAACAGCGCCGCCGUGCUGGCCGCCACCGGCCUGCAGCGCGACUCGGCGCGCGCGCAGCCGCAGCCCACCGCCAGCUUCGAGGAUGAGAUGGAAGCCUGGACGCCUGUUCUAACCAACAUCGCGUUACUCAUCAUCGCGGCGGCGCAUUGCCUGGUCUGCGUGGCCAGCAUAUACCACCUGUCCAAGCGUGUGUGCCCGUGCUUCCGGCCCAAGCGCGCCUUCGACCACAACCAGUUCGACCCCGCCUUCAAGCAGCAGUACGUGGUGCACGUGGACGAGAGGGACAAACAGGAGCUGUGUAAAGAGCUCGAGGGCAAGCUGCAGCCUGACACGCUGAAGAAGAAGAAGGACGAGCCCGAAUACGGCAGUGCGAACAGCAAAGAGAAGCUGGUGACGCACUGGCUGGGCCGGCACCAGGGCGUGCUGGCGCCCGCGGGCCCCGGCGCGCCCCCGCGGGGCCCGCCCGCGCCGCCGCCGCGGGGCCCCCGCCGCGCGCACGGGGUUAGAAAGCCGAGGAAGCCGCCGAUGGUGCUGCUGCCCGCGCAUCCCGCUAGCACG